ACAAGCCUCAUCCCCCCAGCUCUGCUCCCCGCCGCGCUCGGUCUCCGGGACCCUUCUCCCUCCAGCCCCAGGAUGGGCGGGCUGAGGCCAUGCGGGGGGCGCGAGGCAGCGCUGUGCCAAGGCCAGGCUGGGCCGCCGGCGGCUCCCAAUAAAGUUGUUGUUGAGGCGGAGCCGGGCUGGCGCGUGGGCAGAGGCUGGGAGAGGAUCGGGCUGGGCGGCAUGAUCUGCACCGUGCUCUGCUACCUGCUGCUGCCCGCGGCGCGGCUCCUCCGCGUCCUCCGAGAUGCUUUCUUUACGUGUCGAAAGAACGUGCUUCUGGCGAAGAGCCCGACCGCCCAGGUAGGGGGCAUCUCUUCUGUGCCCAGCAGGAGGUCAGUCCCAGAAGAGGAGGAAGCCCUGCUGCAGCAGCAGCUGGAGGAGGAAGCUGGUGGGCUACACAGCAGUGAGACUGCUCCAGCAGUGGGGAAGGUGUCAGCCACACUGACUAGUGACUGGCUGGAAGGCUCGGAAUUAUUGAUGACCAGCCUCAGCAAUUUGGGUGUGGCUUCAGAGGUCACAUGGUGCAGUGAUCAGCAACAUGAUGAGCUACAUACCUUAAUGUCUCUAGGACCAAAGGAACAUGUUGCGGUCACACUGGCAAAAUUACCAGAAGAGGAAAGUGUGGCUAUGGUGGGCACUGCAGCAUGGUCAGCUGUAAGGACACAGACCGAUCACCAGAUUAGUGGCUGCACCCCUUCAUCCUCCCUUUCCAGGGCUGAAGAUACUGCUGUGCUGGGCUGGAGCUUAGCGCAUGACACAGAGAUAGUGCCAGUGGAGGCCACAGCCUGGCCCUUUUAUGAUACAGGACAAUUCCAGCCUUUUCCAGCAGAGAGAUCUUACCACGAGAUUUUAUGGAGGGACUGGGAGGAGCUCUCUACCCAGCCUGCUGUUCCAGAGCUGGGCUCAGAGAAUGGGCCUCUGUUUGAAUUCCGAGUCAUGUCUUACAACAUUCUGGCCCAGGACCUGGUGGAGCAGAGCCCUGAUCUCUACCUGCAUUGCCAACCAGAUAUCCUGGACUGGAGCUAUCGUCUCCCAAACCUCUUGCAGGAGAUCCAGCACUGGGACCCUGAUGUUCUGUGUCUCCAGGAAGUGCAGGAGAAUCACUACUGGGAACAGCUGGAGCCAACAUUCAGGAUGAUGGGCUUUGUGUGCUUAUACAAACGGAGAACAGGAAAAAAGACAGAUGGCUGCGCAGUUUGCUACAAGCACAGCAGGUUCCAGCUGAUCAGUGCCAGCCCUGUAGAAUACUUCCGGCCUGGCCUGGACAUCCUAAACAGAGACAAUGUGGGUCUGGUGCUGCUGCUGCAACCUCUACUCCCAGAGGGUGUAGGUCAGAAAGCAACAAGCCCCCUGUGUGUGGCUAACACUCAUGUGCUGUAUAAUCCCCGCCGAGGAGAUAUCAAACUUGCACAGAUGGCCUUGCUCCUAGCAGAGGUUGACAAGAUUGCGAAAACUGUUGAUGGCAUCUACUGUCCUGUCAUCUUGUGUGGAGACCUGAAUGCUGUGCCUGAUUCUCCAUUGUACAAGUUCAUCCGGAAUGGUCAGCUCUCCUACCAUGGGAUGCCAGCCUGGAAGGUUUCUGGACAGGAAGACUUCUCCCAGCAGCUGCACCAGCGGAAGCUGCAGACCCCACUCUGGCCCAGCAGUCUGGGUAUAACGGAAAACUGUCAAUAUGUCUCUCUUUGCCAGCCAAAGAAAUCAGACAGACGCAAGUACAGCCGGAACUUCCUGCUUCAGUUCCGUUUCUGUGAUGCUGCCUGUGAACGACCUACACAUCUGAUUCUGUGGAAGGGUGUGACAGAUGUUAAACCAGACCGUCCUGCACAUUGGCCCAAGCAUCUCACCAUGGUGAAUGAUCCUGAUCCAGAGCUCUUCUUCCCAAGGUCUCCAGGUGUUAUCCGGCAUGACCUUAAUCUGACCUCUGCCUAUAGUCACUUCUUGCCCCAGAGAGGUCGCCCUGAGGUCACAACCAUGCCCAUGGGCCUUGGAGCUACAGUUGAUUAUAUCUUCUACUCGGCAGAGCCCAUUGAGAAUGGGAACGAAGGGGGUCGCAGGCUAUAUCGAGAUGGAGCCCUGAAGCUGCUUGGCCGCCUCUCCCUGCUCUCCGAAGAUGUCCUGUGGUUGGCAAAUGGCUUACCUAAUCCCUUUUGCUCAUCUGAUCACCUCUGUCUGCUGGCUAGCUUUGGCUUGGAGAUCUCCAGUGCCUGAGAGAUGGGGAUUGUGUGGGUCGAGCUAGACUGAAUGCAGAAUACAGAAAUUGUGCAUUCAGAGCCUCAAUUGGCUCACAGGAAACUUCCUUUCCAUUUCCCCUGCACUCCCCAUGUAACAGGAGCAUGAGGGGGCCAGGGAGGUUGAGCCCUUCCCUGUAUUGCUACUCCAUGGGACUCCAUUACUGGCUGAUGCCCAGUUGUUCUCUGGCUGCACUAGCUCUUAAAGGGACCCGGGCACUUAACUUCCUUACCUAUUUGGUCCUGCUACAUCUGGCAGACAUUCUAGCUGUGAUGUUCUUACACUGCAGGAAUCAACAUGAUUUCUGCUUAUUUACUUGUCUCUGUGUGCACUCCUCAGUGAUCUGGGAAAGAGCAGGUGCAGUUUUGAGACUCGUGUGGGCUUUUUUUUAGUUGGCUUCUUGCUGCCAAACAGCAGGCGGUGCUCCCAAUCAUCAUCUACCACACCAAAAUGGUGAUUCUUUUUAAUUUCCCAGCAACAGUGUAGGGAAUGCAUUCCCCUUGGAUUCACCCAAGCAUCCCUUGUGCCAACUGUAACUUAAGACAGGACUGGGCUUGAUGAUUGCUCGGAAAUGGAAUUGAAGUAGCCUUUACCUAGGGAUACCUAAAGAGAGUUUCUAUCUGGUUCACCCAGGUCUGCACCCAGCACACACAUCAGCAGAGUGAGAGUUUGAAGUUUCAAUAACUUUCUGUAGGGAGCUUUCUAUCGUUAUGAGACCAUUUUACCAAUAAGGUCUGACACAAGGAUCAGUGUGAUAUGGAGGUAUUGGUUCUUCAGAACCAUCAUAGAAAGCUCUGGAAUUGCCACAGCAGAAAUCUGAGAUCCUUGGAAAGGCUCCCUCUCUGCCUUCCUGACCAUCUCAGAACAGUUCCUAGUACCUCCCUUGGCACCUAUAUGUGAUAGAGAAGGAUUUGCCAAGGCCCUUCCUAAGAGUUUCAUGCAAGAGGAACAGUGGACAGCUCUGGACUGAUAAGAAUGUGAGAGUGCUGAGGGGCUGUGGUCCUAGUUUCUCCCAGAACAAUGCUAAAGAGAGAAGGGUGCCAGAGGAAGUGGAGGAAUAGCUGCUUCCUCUUUCUUUUAGUAGGCACUUCACUGGUCUGCAAAAUAUAGUAGUCAAGGCUCAGGACAGUUCAGAUGUCCUCCUGGCCAAACAUGUUAUUGUGUGUGUGCAUAUUAUUGCCCUGUUCUGGAGUCUACCCUAUAAAGGGAGGUGAGCUGAUAGGAGCUGCUCUUCUGUCUGUGGUUUGGAGCCAAAGCUUCAGUUCUUGGAUCCCAUUGUAGCCUUAUUGUCAUGUGUGUUUUUUGAUAUAUUCACCAGUCAGCAGUGGCUCGUUGCUAGUUCUUUUGCGGUUUUUUUUGGUGCUGGACCCUGCAGGUCAGAUUCCUCAGCAUGACCUGACUGUUGGUGCUCAGUAUUUAUCAAUGAGUUAUGAGAAGAAUGUUAGCAGAAGAGUUCUCCACCCUUAAACUCCUCUUCUGGGGCUGAGACUCUCUUAGCCAGGUUUUCUGGGGGAAGGAGGGUGAGAAGCUUGAAAUAACUUUAACUGGAUUGUUUUGAAUAAUGCAUUGGAGAGGUUUGUGUUUUAAUUCUUUAUUUUCUUAAACAUCUUACUUGAAAAAUAAAAUUUUAUAAUUUCAGAAAAAAUGCAUGUAAAAGUGGCUGCUGGGGCUCCUGAGGGCAGAACCCCUUCUCCUUUAGGGGCCUGGUUACACUUUGGACCAUGAGAUUUUGUUAGCUAGCUGUGUGGAAGAGGGUUUGGGUAGGGUAGGGUGUUAGCUGUGCAAGGAUCAUGGCAAGAAGUGGUAGGGUAGGGUGUUAGCUGUGCAAGGAUCAUGGCAAGAAGUGGGGAGAGGUUGGGCCUAGCUGAUAAUCUGUGUAAACUAGGCAUUCACAUCAAACAGGCCACCAAAAGCCCCAACCCCUGAUGCCAUUCUGGCAUAGCUCAUUUGAACUGUUCUAAAACAGCUUCUAAAACUUGAGCUUCUAAAACGUGAGCUUAACCCACGAACCUUUCUUCUGAAAGUAGGAGACGCUAUUGCUGGUUCCUAGAGCCUAUGUCCAACCUUCAGGUUGUCUCAGCAGCUCAGCCAGACCUCCGUUAUUGGGCUCCCAUGUUAUCUUUACAGAGGGGUAAGAGAGAACUGUACUUGUAUGUCCUUUUCCUCUCACCCCAUUCUGUUGGGAGUGAUGUUUGAUUACCUGUGGGUGACUGGACCCAUUAUUAUCCUGAUGUGGGAAGUGGGUGAGUAGGAUUCUAUUGUCCAUUUGUGUGCGAGCUGUCCAGAAAUCUGUUGUGUGGGAGUAGGAUUGUAGGGGCAGAUCCACAAAAGGACUUAGGCACUUGAGUCCCAGUUUUAGGCACCACUGCAGUCCAUAAUGUCCCCACUCAGCUGCCGCCUACACUCAGUGCUUAAACUUCCAUUGAAGAAGUUUCCCAAGUACCUGUUUCUGCCACUGGGCCUGUGAACUACUGCCUCAUUGUCUCACUCCUAAGUGCAGUGCAAUCCACAUUGAGGAAGUGUGUCCUAACCACUGAACUAUGAGAGAUCACAUCAGAAUAGCCCAAUCUCUCUGAUUGAAGCUUUAAUUAAAUAUGGAUUGGGCCAGAGAGAGUGAGAAUCAUUCCAUAGUCCAGAGGCCAUGGCACUUACCUGAGAGGUGGAAGAUCUCUGUUCAGAUCCCUUCUCAUAAGACAGAGGAGGAAAUUGAACCAGGGUCUGCAACAUCCUAGGUCAGUACCCUGACCACUGGGAUAAAAAUUACAAGGGAGCCUGGGGCUGCCAGCCUCCUCCUCUUUCCCUUUUCCUCCCCAGCUGUUUUUUGCAGAGUUAGAUACCCACUUAACUCAUUCUCACAAGAAACAGCUUAGGCACCUAGGCUACCUGACUCCAGGAGAGGGGUUCCCAGCUGUGGAUUACAGGCAGAGCUAGGUGCCUCCCUGCAGCUGGGAUUUAGGUGCCAAACUCUGUGAGAGGGGAAGUCCUUAGGACACACCUUCCUCAUCAGCAUCUCCCAUUGGCUGCCUUAGGCAGCUCCUUGCAGUAGCUUGCUGGCUUUUGUGGAUCAAUUCUUAGGUGUCUCACUCCCUGUUCAUUGUAUAUGGUGCUUGACUCAGGGUUUGUGGAUCCCAUUGUUCCAGUGAUUUUCUAGAUGUCUAAAAGUUAAGUGUUGCAACAAUCUUAAGUCCCUUUGUUGGUCUAGGCCAGAGGUUCUCAAACGGGGUUGUGACACCUCAGGGGGUCACAGCUGUCAGCCUCCACCCCCAAACCCUGCUUCACCUCCAGCAUUUAUUAUAAUGUUAAAUAUAAAAAAAAGUAGUUUUAGCUAUAAGGGGGUCACACUCAGAGGCUUGCUGUGUGAAAGGGGUCACCACUACAAAUGUUUGAGAACCACUGGUCUAGGCCAUAGUUGCAGUCAUUCUUGUAUGUUUAUAAAGUACCUCUUUCCCCAACUUAUAUUGGUUUUGGGGUGGCAUUGUUUGGUGGGGUAAAUGUAAUUGUGCAAAAGUUCCCAUCUAACGAUUGCAUUAAUUGCUGUAAUACUUUUAUUUUAACUUCUUUAUAACGGGGGUUUCUGUAUUCACAAACAAACAAAUCCAUAUAAUCCUUUGCCUGUGAGCUUCUAUUCCUAUGCCUGAUUGGCUCAACAUAGUCACGGCUGGAAACACACAAAAGGGGAAAGACUGAAAGUUGGUACUUAGGGAGAAACCCACUGGAAAACUUAAGGCAUUCAAAACUAAUGCAACUAAGUGCAAAGUAUUGGGUAAUCACAGCUAAAACUAAGGUUGCAGAGCUUAACUUCAAAGACACUGGCUUAGAGUCUAAUAGGUAAGUUACACAAGUAUAUAUCUGGAGUAAUUCCAUUGACUUCAAUGAACUCUGGAAAUCCAAAUUUUAACCAGUGUAACUGAUGUAAGAAUCUAACCAACUAUUUAAACAACUUAAUCUUUUUUUAAACAAAAAAGUUAUAAUCACACUGAACUGUUUCUAAAGCUGGUCACAACCCAAGGGGGACUUUUCAAAUUUUGAGGCAAAAAGGUGUGUUCUUGUGCAGCCUUCUUUGUAUAGCUCUAAUGCUGAAAUGGCUGAAGGUAGAAAGUUUAAAUUUGGCAUAGAAGUAACCCUCCUUGAGAAAUGCUUUUGUGUGUUCUGCUGAAAAUAUCACUUAGUGCAGUUGCAGUGCAAAUGAACCUUUUUUUAAAAAAAUCACCAACACUUGGAAAGAUUAGGGUGCCCGGUAUGUUGAAUGAGGUGGGUUGAGCCCUGUUUCAUUCACUGCAUAUUAAAGUGUCAAGGGAGCUGCAGAUUUUCUGUUCCCUCCCCUUCAGAGCUUGACUUUCACAGGGAGUCUCCGACAGUACACAGGGGAGAGAGGACUUUGUGGGAGCCUCACUGAGUGUGCACCAUGGGUGGGACAGUAUUCUAUUGGGGUCCCAGCCAAAUUGUAGCAGAUUCUGGAUGGCUUUUAUUCUUCGCCACCCCCCAUAAGUGGGGGGGGAGGAGAGGGGGGAAAAACUUGGAAAUUCAAUUAAAAAACCUAAGGUUUCACAACUAAGUACUCAAGUCAGAAAAGCCCAAAGCUGAAACCGCAGGUGCAGCCUUAACUCUGGCGUCUAUGCGUUUCCAUGCGGUUUUUUAAAAGGAUGUAGUCCUGUAGUAUUUCUGAAAUAAUACCAGACAAUUUAUCUUCUACAACCUUGAAUAUAAAUGAUGUAUGGAUUCUGGAUGUGUAUAAAACAUGUAUUAAAUUAUAUAUAGUGUCACUAGAAGACAAAACUUGUGGGUUGGGGGAAUAGCAUAAUAUGGUAUUAUUUGAGAAUAGCAUGUGGGGAGAUAAUUAAAGAUUGUGUCAUAAUGAGUAGUUUGCAGCAGCACACGAUUAAGGUUGCAUAUGUGGCCUUAACUUAAGCACUUCCUGACCCAAAUGUUAACCAGGCAACGUUAACACUUGCUCUGCAUAGUUUUUUGCUGAAUUAUGAAUGGGCCUGGAAUCCAAACUAUGGAAACAAAACUAUGGGGGGGAAGUAGAAGGGUAAGAAUAUCUUUUAUUUGUUGAAAGUGAGGGGAGGGAGUAAAUGGUGAGGGGAUCAAGAGAGUUCUGCUGUCAUCCUCUGAUGGCCUGCAGUGCUGAAGAGGCUCAGGGCCCUUUUAUCUCUGAAGACUAGAGAGUUUUGGGUGAGUGUGCAUGUUGCUUGUUAUCAGCUAGUUCGUCUGGGCCAGGGAGGCAUGUUUAUGGUAGCUGACUGCAUUUGCUAGAUGACAAUUUAGAUUGUACAGCAGCUUUUAGCAUACUCUUACCAUCAAAAUGGGACAUGUUCAGAGCUGGAUUCUUUCACCUCCCCAAAAACCCAAGUCACUUAUCCCUUCACUAUUUAGUAAAUGAUAUGCCUUCCAAACCAGCUGCCACGCUCACAUUACUUUUGAAAGAGAGAGACAAUAUAAAAGGAAAAGGAGAGAAAUUUGGAACUAUUAAAUGAGCUCUGGCUCAUGCUUGGGAUCUUUCAUUCUCUAUCCCUCUUCUUUUAGGAAUCUGGCCUAGCGAUAGCUUUCACAGGUGUUGACAGGACUGCCAGGUCCUGUCAGGACAAUGGUAUAUUUCUGCAGCAACUGGAUUUAAGCAGUUAGAAAUUAUGGGAGUGUUCUUGAGUUCAUAAGAAGUUCCUAGGUUAUUGGCAUGAGUCUCUUAAGGUACUCAGAGAUAUCAGGGCCAUGUCUACAAGCAAAUAUUGUAACAACUCUAAACCCCAUACUUGAUUUCUUUGUUAAGAGGAGAAGAGGAACAUAAAGUGGUGAGCAAAUGCGAAGGAACUCUGGAAACAAAAGGAAAUGACACAUACACACACAAAAAAUAUUGGGACAGGUAAUAGUUUCCAUGACAGACACACUUACUGCUGCAAGAGCAUGUUCUCCAUAGCCUUUUCCUGACCAAGUGGAGACAACACAGAUUAGUUCUAGUUCCCAUUGACUAUCUUUCUCUAGAUUUCUGCUAUGGCUGACUAAUUUUACCCUAGGAAAGGUCUUUUUGAAAAAAAUAGUUUAACUAAGGCCCUGUCUACCCUGGCAAGUUUCUGCGCUGUAAUUCCUGAGGUGUACCCACUGCCAAGCCACUUAGUGUGCAGAAACUGUGCAGUUGUAGUGCUUUUAAAAAAAACACCCCGAGAGGCGUAUAGCUUUCUGCGCCGGGGCUACAGCGCUGCGGUGCCAGUGUAAACACCGUGGCAAUUACAGCGCUGCGAUUGGCCUGUGGGAGGUGUCCCACAAUGCCUGUUCUCACCUCUCUGGUCAUUGGUUUGAACUCUACUGCCCUGCCCUCAGGUGACCAACCAUCAUCCCCACCCUGUAAAUUCCUUUCCAAAUUUGAAAGUCCCCUUGGUAUUUGCUCAGUGAUGCGUGCAGUGGUCUCAGCACAUCUUUCCAGGUGGUCAUGCCUGCCGAGCUGCUGGACCUCAUCAGCAUUUGGGGAGAGGAGGCUGUGCAGUCCCAGCUGCGCUCCACCCAUAGGAAUUAUACCUAUGGACAGAUUUCACGAUGCAUGAUAAAAAGGGGCCAUGACCAGGACAUAUUGCAAUGUAGGGUCAAAGUGAAGGAGCUGCAGAACGCCUACCACAAGACGCGGGAGGCAAACCACCACUCUGCUGCUGUGCCCAUGAGCUGCUAGUUCUACAAGGAGCUGAACACAAUACUCGGUGGUGACCCCACUAUGAAGGCCUCUGUGGAUACUUCACUGGCUCGUGUGCCAGUUGAGAGUGGACCGAGCCAGGAGGAAGAAAUCUUGGACAAGGAUGUGGAGGGGGACCCAGAGUCAGAGGAUGACUUGGAAGCCAGAAAUGCAUGCAGGCAGGACCUCAGUCUUUGCCUGCAUGCUUGUACCAUGGGUUUUAGUGAGCAGCCAUCACUCAGAGCUGCCCUCCCUCUCCUGCAGAUAUAUUUUGGGGGAGAGAACAAUGAUUUCAAUGAACUGGUGCAGGAAACUUCUUACCAAGAUUGAACCAUUUUAAAGCAGUUCAGAAGUGGAUUGUGCCUACUGGAUUUGGGAGUGCCCUUUUAAAGUUUUGGUUUACUGUAGGAGGAGUUUAUAGGUCUCUAGGGGUGCAGGAGAGAGAUGGCAACUUGCAGCCCUUGGCUUAUCUGAGGUGGGGGCUGCUGCUUGUCUUGAUGUUAUCAGCUCUUAGUUCGACUGGCUUAAAUUCUUUGUUUGCUGUAACCUGGGAGGAGAACCCUAGAACUGUGCAGAUCCUUUCCUCCAUACAGAAAAGGCUUUUCCUUCAUGGCCAAGUACAGUGGUGUGAAAUUGAGUGAGAACCCUAGAACUGCAGCAGUGAAGCUAGGAACUAGUAGUAGCAGCUUGUGAGCUGGGAGGGGGUCAGUGGUUGGACAGUAUGAUCUUGUGGACUGGGACUGCCCAUGUUUUAAUCCCAGCUGUAUAGCCUUGGGCAAGCUUCUUCCUUCUUCUCUAUAAACUAACAUUCAGCCUGACCUAUCCUGCAUGGAUAGGUGCAAAGAGGUGUGUGUGUGUGGGGGGUGGGGUGUUUCACAAAGAGGAAUGGGUAUUGGCAGCAUGAGGUGAAAUGGCACUGUAGAUGACAUUUACAGCAGCUCCCAGCUCUGCUUUUGAAAGGUCUUUUCUCCUAAGAUCUUGCGAAUCUUGAAUUUAGUUGUGAUGGGGGAGGGGGAAUGCUGUAGUAGUUCCAUUCAGCACAGGAGGCAAGUGAUGUUUGCCAGUGAGUUUGCUAUAAACAGAGCCCUGCAAAUCUGCAGAUGUAGAUAUCCAUUGACCAUGUUUGUGGAUACAAAUUUUAUACCUAUGCAAGGCUCUAGCUAUAAACCCUUCCUAUGCUAGAAGCAUAGGCCUGAAGGUUUAUGGUGAGAACACCUGAGGGAUGAAGGACACAGCCAUUGCUUGGCAGGGGGCUUGUUACCAUUACUUUUUAAUAUUGUAGUAAGGCUUCCUUGUUGAUGCAGAGCUUAUUUUAGCUCAAAAGGGCCACUGCAAGUUCCAUCUUGUCCUGCUGGACACAAAGCAGGAAGACCCCAUGCGGUAUCUCCCCAUCUUUCACUCAUGUUCCAGCUCUAAGUCAUUUUAUUAACAUCUCCAUGUGCUCAUGUAUUGCUGUUACUCAGCUCUCUACAGUUAAACAAUACACUUUGUAUAAGACAUACUAAAUAAAGUUGGAUCCUCCCUCAGGGGGAAGGGAGUGUUUUGCAGCUGC